ACCACCCUUGUCCUUGUUCAUCCUUGUAUAGUCUAACGUCAGUAAGCCGCUGGUAUCACCACGUCGCUGUAUUGCCUUCCGUUUGCCGUUUCCGCCCCUUUUCUCCCGGUCUCGCCUUCGUAACCACGUCCAAAUCAAGUUUCAAAACAUCACCGCGAAACCUUCAAUUACAAGAAAGGACCCAGAACUCUCCCAAACAAAAUAAAAGCUGUCCUCAUAUUCAGACAGUAUCCAGACAAAUCCUCUUAUAGCAUUCAUCUCGCUUUUGUCAUACCAGACCAUCGAUUACUGCUUUGAAUCAUCACCUAUAUCUCAUCUUCCAUUCAGGCCACUUUCAGAGUAAUAUCUAUCGUUAAUCACCGUUACAGUAACAUUCAACUCCGUCUGACAUCCUACUAUAACUUAUCAUAUUAAUCAUAUUUGUAUAAUCAUAUUGAAUUAUUUCACAUUUAUCUUAAUACCAAUCAUAUCCUGAUCUAUCAUGUCUACCAUCCUCAGAUCGAGAGCUAUACAGAAGCCGUACCAGCUUUUCCACUACUUCUUUCUUUCAGAAAAACAACCAAAUAACACGCUUUCGGAUCUCUCAUUUGAUACCGACAUCUCAAUCUCGAUCAGAAAGUUCAAAAACCACAACUGGACUGUCAAAGAAGUUCUUCAUUAUGGCUUCCUCGCUUCCGUCAUCUUCUUUGUCUUCAUAAUAUUUCCAGCCUCGUUCCUCGUCAAGAUCCCCAUCUUAGCUGCAUUCACGUUCUGCUUCUUGUUACCCUUGACGUCACAGUUUUUUGUGCAUGCAUUGCCAAUUUUCUCGUGGUUGGCGUUGUACUUCAGUGCUGGGAAGAUUCCUACCGCAUGGAAACCGGCCAUUUCUGUUAAAGUCUUGCCAGCAAUGGAGACUAUCUUGUACGGGGACAAUUUGUCCAACGUUUUAGCCACUGUUACUACUUCUUUCUUGGAUAUUGUAGCAUGGCUUCCUUAUGGAAUUUUGCAUUUUUCUGCUCCUUUUGUAGUCGCUAUCUUCAUCUUCCUCUUUGGACCUCCUACUUCACUUAGGUCAUUUGGCUUUGCUUUCGGUUAUAUGAACUUGGUUGGUGUUAUGACACAGAUCUUGUUUCCAGCUGCUGCUCCCUGGUACAAGAACUUAUACGGUUUAGAACCAGCCAAUUACUCGAUGCAUGGAUCUCCUGGAGGUUUAGGUAGGAUUGACGAGUUGCUAGGCUUUGACAUGUACACAACUGCUUUUUCGAACUCGCCAGUCAUUUUCGGAGCAUUUCCUUCUUUGCAUUCUGGCUGUGCUGUCAUGGACGUCUUGUUCUUGUGCUGGUUAUUUCCAAAGUACCGUGUUUUGUGGUGGGGCUAUGCUACGUAUCUCUGGUGGAGUACGAUGUAUUUGACCCAUCACUACUUCAUCGACUUGAUUGGUGGUGCAGCUUUGUCUUUUGUCGUUUUCCAGUACACCAGAUACAACCAUUUGCCGGUUGUAGAGGCCAACAAGUUCUGUAGAUGGUCGUAUACCGAAAUCGAAAAGAUCGACAUUCCCACUAUCGAUCCAUUGUCUUCUCAUUUCGUCAGCAUCAACGACAUGGAGUCCAGCAUUGGGAACUCGAGAUACAACUACCCCUACUUUCUUGAACAGCAUAAUAAUAAUGGAACCUUAGUGGAAGAUUUCGAGAUGUCAACUGUCUCCAGAUCUAGACAGGCUUCAAGAAACUUAUUGCCCACAACUUUCGCAGCUACUGAACCUGCUGGAGUUUCCUUACACCAACAUUUGGUUGAGGAAGAAGAGGAAGACAUUUCUUCCAUGGAAAACAGCGCUACCCCUUCCGUAUUUGAAGACGAACAUCAUCAGAUGAUGAGUUCGACUGCAUCGCAAACUUCUCUCGAAGAGUUGGAGUCUACAGCUUCUAUCCAUUUGGAUACUCCAAGUUCAAAGAGCUACAACAAGAGCAAGUAAAGAAAACAGCAUCUCCACCAAUGUACAUACUAGAAAGCCAGAGUUGGUCUAAUUGCUAAUUUUAAUGAUCCCUAAUAAAGCACCAACUCAGGCAAUUUAAUCGUUUAAUGAUUGCUUUAUUGGUUCGAUUUGUCAUGAACUUAGAACCCAUACUGACGAGAGUAAUAAUCCCCACAUCUUCUCGUUUCAGUACAACAAGAUUAUUGAUAGUCAAUACUAGUGUUAUUAGCGGCACUAUUGGUUCUAUAUAGAUUUUCUGUUGUGGGUUAUAUUUAAUACAUAAUUAAUUCGUUU